AUGGAGCUCCACAAGUUCGACCCGGAGAAGCACAAGCACCGGCGCGUCUGGGUGGCCGUGGCCGCGACGCUGCUGGCCCUCCAGGCGGCCCUCGCCGUGCGCUUCGUCCAGGUGAGCGUGCGCCAGGAGAAGCAGCGGAACCUCGACGACGAGGACUUCGACUUCCUGGGCGUCGUCUGCAACGUCGCCGCGUCGACGGCGACGAGCGGCGGCUACGCCUACUACUUCGCCGUGCCCGGCGUGACGAACCUCAGCUUCGCGUACGACAACGAGACGAGCGCCGACGCGUGGGCCGCCGCGGGCUACAAGCUCUCGAAGACCAUCGAGGCCGACGACGACGACCCGACGCCGGACAAGAAGGCCAUCGGCGAGCUGUCCGGCUGCUGGGCGCCGAAGAAGACCGUCGACGAGACCUUCGACUGCGGCGACGACGCGGACUGCUACAAGAUCUUCGACCCCGACGACGACCUCAAGCACGCCGGCAAGCACUGGAGGACGCGGGGGGACGCGCCCGGACGCCGGCCGGACACCCCGGACGCCCGGACGCGAACCCCCCGCGUCCUCCACUGGUUCUUCUUCCGGGCCAUCGGCCUCUUCUUCGGCGCCGUGGCCCUCUUCUUCACCGUGUUCCUCGUCGCCUUCUUCGCCUUCGUCAGCGGCGGCUUCCGCGCCGCGCCGGAGGGCGGCGGCGACGACGCCGAGGUCGAGCUCCACAAGGGCGCGCCCGAGGCCGAGGUGUCGCCGUUGAAGCCGGCCAUGGGCCCCGUCGUCAUCGCCGCGUGUCGUCGGCGGGUGCCGUGCGCGUCUCCGCUCGUCGCGCGGCGCGGUGCCAUGGGGCGCAUCUCGUCGCACGACUUUGGGUCCAUGGACGACAAGCUCUGGCUCCUGGAGAACCUGUUCAAGACGCAGCAGACGCAGGCCGAGAAGGUGCCGGAGCUCAAGACGACGGACCUGACGAAGCUCGCCGAGGCCUUCCAGCCCGUGACCUACGCCGCCGACGACGUCGUCAUCCUCGCCGGGGACGAGGACGAGUCGCACGCGCGGCUCGUGCUCUUCCGGACGGGCGGCGCGGAGGUCAACGCGGCGCUCCUCGACGACGACCACGCCGACGCCGACGGCGGCAAGCGCAAGUCCAUCAAGAAGAACAAGCGCAUCACGCGGCUCAAGUCGCCGUUCUACGUCGGCGAGGGCUGGAUCCUCACGGGCAACACGCCCAAGGCGUCCGUCAAGGCCACGGGCACGGCGGAAGCCUAUGCAUUACCCAAGGAAGAGGCCAAGCGCCUCACGUCGGCGGGGAACACGUCCAUCAAGCUCAUCCAGCGCGACCUGAAGAUCUGCGCGUUCGAGCGCGCGCACCUGCACGGCUUCGUGAACACGCUCUUCCAGAAGAACCUCGACGACGACGAUUUGAUGGCGGCGUUUGAUGGCUACGGCAAGGAGGCGUUUUGCACCGAGAGCUUCGACUUCUGCCGCGAGGUGCACGCGUUCAAGAGGGACGUCAUCUCCGAGGCCUACUUCCAGUCGGGCAUCCUGAACCUGAGCGCGAAGCAGCGCAAGGCCCUGGACAAGGCCAAGGACGACGCCGAGGCCCAGGGCGACUCGAAGAUCCUCGUCGAGGGGCUCGAGAACCCGCUCCAGCAGGUCUACAAGGAGAUCCAGCAGUCCCAGAUCACGCCCUUCAUGAAGUCGAAGCACUACGACGACUUCCUCGCGAAGAAGUUCCCCAUCCCCGUCGUCCGGCGGACGCUCCUCGUCAGAGCGGCCAAGGGCGGCGGCGGCGGCGGCAAGGACGACUCCGGCGCGUGCGUCGUCUCCUAG